AUGGUGGUAGCGGAUGUCGAGAAGAUGUUUCGACAAAUCAAAAUCGAUGAAGGGGACAUGCCGCUUCAACGAAUUCUGUGGCGUGUGGAUGGUAACGAGGAGGUCGGGACCUACGAGUUAACUACGGUCACAUAUGGAACCAAGCCGGCUCCGUUCCUUGCAACCAGAACUCUCAAACAACUGGCUAUGGACGAGCAAGCACGAUAUCCACUAGCGGCAAAGGCCGCAUCAGAAGAUGUUUAUAUGGACGACGUUUUAUCUGGUGCUGACGCAGCAGAAGCAGCGUUGGAGCUGCGAAUCCAGCUGGACGAGAUGAUGGCCAAGGGCAGAUUCCGUCUGAGAAAGUGGGCUUCCAACUGCCCGAUGGUUUUGCAAGGCAUACCAGAAGAAAACCUGGCGAUAUUGCAAACGGAAGAAGUCCAGCUAGACCCUGAUCCCGAAGUACGGACCUUAGGACUUGUGUGGCUUCCUGUUGAUGAUGUUCUGAUGUUCCGGUUCAAAAUACAGGAACUGAACCCAGUUGGUCAACUAUCGAAACGAAAGGUGCUGUCAAUCAUUGCUACGCUAUUCGAUCCGCUAGGCCUGAUAGGAGCGGUAAUCACAACUGCAAAGAUUUUCAUGCAGUUGCUGUGGUGCCUGAAGGACGACCACGGAAAGAGCUUGGGCUGGGAUGAAGCGCUACCACCGAAGGUCGAUGCAGACUGGCGAACCUUUCAUUGCCAAUUGCCACUGUUAAACGAUCUGAGAAUCGAGAGAUGUGUGAUAAAACCCAGGGCUAUCAAGGUUGAGCUGCAUUUCUUCUCAGAUGCGUCGGAACGAGCAUACGGAGCAUGCGCAUAUGUCAGGAGUGUGGAUUCAACGGGAGGCGUUCGUGUAGUAUUGCUUUCGUCCAAAUCCAAAGUGGCUUCAUUGAAAUGCCAAUCCAUUCCGCGAUUGGAAUUGUGCGGAGCCUUGAUGGCGGCUCAGCUUGCGGAGAAGAUUUCCGCGGCCAUUCAGAUGGAGGCACUGUUGGUUUUUUGGACAGACUCCACCUGCGUUCUCCAUUGGCUCAAGGCAACACCCUCGAUGUGGACUACAUUUGUUGCAAACCGUGUGGCUAAAAUCCAAGCAAUUACUGAGAACCAUACUUGGCAGCACGUUCCAGGUAUCCAGAACCCGGCAGACCUUAUUUCACGAGGAUUGACUCCAGAGCAGAUCCAGUGUAGCAAGCUGUGGUGGAAAGGGCCACCUUGGUUUCAAGAGACGUUCGAAACAUGGCCAAAACACCAAGUAAGGACAAGCGUGGAAGACGCGGAAAAAGAGAUUCGUCGUACAGCAGCACCCUGCUCACAACAACAGGAAGAGUUCGGUACCUGGUAUGUCAGGAAAUUUUCCAACUUUAUCGAUUUAGUAAGGCGUACAGCUUAUUGGUUACGAUUGAUAAAAAUCCUCAAACGAACGGGAGAUUCUAAAAUGUGGAAGGGAUUUCUAAAGACAGCAGAGUUGGUGGAGGCGGAGCAUGUGUUGAUGAGGCUUAUCCAACAGGAAACCUUCAGCAAGGAGUGGAAGGCGCUCACAAAAAAAUGA